GCCGUAAGUGUACCGGACGCGUUCUCAAUAGAACGCAGUGUGGGACUAUAAAUAUAAAACGAAAACAAAAACCACCCCCCCCAAAAAAAAAAAAAAAAAUCGGAAAAUAUUUUCCAUUGUUUCCGUUUACUUUCUUCUUCCUCCUCCUCUCAGAUGGUAAGGGGAGGGAAGGCUAGCUGCAAGCGUAAAUUUAAUAAGACAAAGUUCCGGACAAAGGAUAGAGGUUCUGACGAUUCGGAUGAGGAUUAUGUGGUUUCUGAUGAAGAAAAUGAAGUUUCUGAUGAUUGGGAUGAGGAUUACUGUUCUUCCUUAGAUGGAUGUGCAUCGGAAGAGAGCUUUCAUAAUGUCGUUGAAGACGAUGAGGUAAAGGAAGUGAAAAAGGUGAGAAAGGCUGGAGGAUCAAAAGCCAGAAAGUCUUUCGAUAGCUUUAUUGUGGAUGAGGAGGAGGAGGAAGAAGAAGAAAUGGAAAGGGUAAAAAAGACAGUUAGAUCAAAGGUGUCUAGAGGUUUUUCUGGUCAGCAGAAAAAUGGAGUUAAACAGUUGGAAAAGAGGAAAAGGUUAGUGUAUAAAGAAGAAGAGGAAGAUGACACUGAUGAUGAUGAUGAUGAUGAUUAUUAUUAUGAUGAUGAGGAAUUCACACCAGAUGAAGAGGAUUGGUCUGGGGAAGAAGAAGUAAGGGUGAAAAAGAAGAAAAAUAAUGUAAAAGUAGGCAAGCGGGGUUACCGGAAAAAUGGUCGUGUAAGAGGUCGGAAAAGGAGGAAAUCUCUGGUUUCAAAAAAGCCACUAAGAAAGAAAGGAAGAAAAACUAGUGGAACGAGAAGGAGAGUAAGAUUUGAAGAUGAGUGUAAUUUUAUUGACAGUAGCCCAGAUGUAAGAGAAAAUAAUGGGAGAAAAAGAGGUCGGAAAAAGAGGAGAUAUGUGGCACCAUCAGAUUCAGAUUUGGUGUCUUCUGGAUCAUCUGAUUUUGAGUACACCAUCUCUGAGGAAGAAAGAGAACAGGUAAGAGAAGCCAAGGAAUUGUGUGGAAAUUCUAGAACUAGUAUGAGAAAUUCAUCAGUUUCCAAUGAUAAAUUUCUGGAGGUGGAGGAUGGAGUUUUGCAACAGCAAAAGAAACCCCCUGCAAGGAAGGGUAAGGAGAAGAUAGUAGAGGAAGUAAAGACUGAGGUUGGAAAGCAGGUCUGUGGAAUUUGUCUAUCUGAAGAAGAUAAAAGAAGAGUUAAGGGAACACUGAAUUGUUGCACUCAUUAUUUCUGUUUUACAUGCAUUAUGGAAUGGGCAAAAGUCGAAUCCCGUUGUCCUUUGUGCAAGCAGAGGUUUAAGACAAUUAGCAAGCCUGCAAGAUGUGCAAUGGGAAUAGAUUUGAGAGAAGUGGUGAUACCAGUCCCUGAACGUGAUCAGGUCUAUCAACCAUCUGAGGAAGAACUAAGGAGUUAUCUCGAUCCUUAUGAGAAUGUAAUUUGCACUGAAUGCCAUGAAGGUGGGGAUGACGGCCUCAUGUUGCUAUGUGACCUAUGUGAUUCACCUGCACACACAUAUUGCGUUGGUCUUGGGCGGGAAGUACCAGUCGAUAAUUGGUACUGUGAAGUUUGUAGACCGGUUGCUCUGGGAUCCUCAAGUUCUUUUGCUCAGGCUCGUUUAUCUGAUCAGAGGACAGCAGACAGCAACUUGUCCAGAGCAUCACCUGUCACAAACUAUAUGGUUGAAGGUUUAGACCUUAAUUCGGUGUCUUCACCUCGUACAUCAUUUACUCAAGGAUUUGCCGAUCUUCCAUCUCCUAGAUUUCCUGCUGGUGAUUUUCAAGCAUCUUAUCCAGUAGCUGGACCUGGAGCACCAACCCUGUCAGGGAGACGAAUGAUACACCGUCAUAUACAACAACUCCUUUCUGUUAAUAGAAUGCAUCAUAUGGCUGGUAGAACUGAGGGGAAUUCAGCUGUUAACUUGAGUAGUGAGCUCUUAAAUUCUCAAAUUGAUCAAGUGAGAGAAACAAUUGUACAAUGCACAAGCACACUAGAAAGGGAAGCAUCAUAUCACACAUUCUUCGAGGAGAGAUUACAGGACAAUCCUUCACCACAAGUGCAAGAUAACAAUUUCUUUUCUCCAAGAUUAAACCAGUUGAGAGGGCAAGCAGUUCAAGAUUCAACUCCUGCAUCUGCUAAUAGACCUUUAAAUGGAACAUUAUGGCCUGGACUUGCAGGAAUGAGUUCGCUAUCAGGUCAUGAGCAACUCCAUCAGUGGAGCAAUAGACCUAAUGCUAAUAGACAAGAUAGUGAUUUUCAAAUUGCAAAAGAACAAUUACAGUCUGUGGUCAAAAGCCAUUUGAAGAACUUGUCCCGAGAUAAUCAGUUAGGCCAAAGUACAUUCAAAGACAUUGCUAGGAGUUCUUCACACACCAUUUUAGCUGCAUGUGGGCUGGAGCACAAGAGUAGCGAGGUUGUUCCUGUGCCCCAGCCAUCCAUCUGUUCCCACAUUGAGUUAUCGACCGGUGGUAUGACAAGUCUGAUGAGAGGCUGCUGCUCAUCUUGUUUUGAUUCUUUUAUAGGGGAUGUGGUGAAGAGGAUCCUGGAUGCAAAACUGUCGCAGCAAUGGCUGAGUUUAGGACUCUAAAAAAUGUCUUUCCUGAGCACCCUUUUUUUGCUAGGAGUUUAGGCAAAAUUAAAAAUUGUUUUAACUUGUUUAUAGAAGUAAUUCACUGACAUUGAACAGAAAAAAAAAAAAAAAAAAAAAACAAAAAAAAGGGUUCCAUUCUUAUAUGAUCUCAUUUAAUAAUUAUUUAGGUAGGAAGAAGAUUCAUGUAUUUUUCUCUCUUAAUUUUAAGUCCUUGCAUUUAAUAAGCCCCCUUGACCCAACAAUUUUUCUUUCUAGGAAAAGGGAGUGGAAUGCCUCAAUAGCACAGAAACAUAUAGUAGUCCGGCGUCAAAUUGUUAAGGGCACGCCGUUUUUUAUAUUUUUAAUUUAUUUUUUAAAAUUUUUUCUACGUUUAUUCUAGAUUCUUACGUUGAAUUUUUAUGCAUUCACGUUGGAUUUUUGUUCAUUCUUUA